GAAAUGGCACAGUUACGUGGUGUAAUCGAUAGUAAAACUCGCCAAUUGCUCGUUGCAGACCGAGAUUUGCAUCUUGCAAAUGAACGAGUGAUCAGUAUCCAGAAAAAAUUAGAGGACAAAUUAUUCGUUGCAACGAAUACGAAAUGCACAACGUGCAACGUGUUCGAUAAGUAUCGUGAUGUGUUGACCACGCAGAUUGCUGACAAAACAGCAGCUCUUGCAGAUGCCAACGUGAUUCUCAACGAUGUACGAAUGAAGUUAGACAAACAAGAACGCGCGUCGAAAAUCCUCUCGAGAGAGAAUGACAAGAUGAAAUUCGAACGAGACAUAUGGAUGGCUGAUUCGAAACGUCUUGAAAACGAGGUUCGAUUGCUACGUGCGCAGUUGAGCGCUUCAUCAGCGAUUGAGAACAACAGCACAAAUUCGGUGAAUAACAACACGUCAACGCCAAGUGAUGGAAGUGGCAGUGUACAUCGUCUAUUCGGUGAUUCCAAAGCAAUUUCAGGUGGAAUAUCAGACGCUCAUAAUUCUCCAGCAACAUCUUCAUCUACACCACAAAAUCUUCAGUCUCCGGUAUUUGGCCAGGACAAAUCCGUAUGUCCUCCGCCACCCGAGCUACCAUCACUCGUCGGUAAAUUUCGCCAUAGUAACAGCUCGUCGGAUUCGUCUAAAGCAAAGGUGUCUUGCAUGCCGUCAUUGUCUUCGAAAAGAGAUAAUAACUCUCGGCCGUCAUCCCAAAAACAAUGGAAAUCAAACUCGACGACGCGAGCUCAUUAUGCUGCUUCUAAAACGAAUGGUCAAACGAUUCAACGACCGUCGCGAACAACCACUCGCCUGUCUGAAGAUACAAAUAACAAAACGGCGAAGAGUGAUAUUGGCGAAGAGAAGUUGGAACGAGAGAAGUCGUGGAAAAAGGAAACAAAAACAGUCGGAGAGCGGUCAUCGAAAGCGAUCGAUUCUGUGAGCGAGUGCACGACGACGAAGUCACACUCUACAUCUCCUGAUUCGUCAAGUAAAACGGAUCUUUCGAAAUCAUCAAAACAGACGUCGCAAUCAGAAGAGAAGAGUUCCCAAAAGCGAAUGGAUGAUGAAAGCAAAACCACACAACCGAAUUCGAAUUCCAAGAAGGCGUUGAUUGUUCCUCCGCCUAAAGACGAGUCGGAAAUUUCGAGUGCAUCGACGAGUGAUUCGAAGUGUGAAACACGUAGCGCUAAGUCAGAAAACAAAUCAGGAAGAGCUUCGGCUGAUUCUGAGCAAAAACCGAGACCGGAUUCAAAUAAAAAAUCUCACCCGCCCAAAUCGCUUUUUUCAUCGCUUGCUGGACAUAGCAGAUGGCCAGACGUGAUGCAGCCGCAUUCAUCAGGUUCUUCCAAGAAACGCAAACGUCAUGAAUUAAUGGAACAAGAUGAGGAGAUGAUGCUUUGGCGAGUGAGUGAACAGCGGAGAAAGGACGAUGAACAUUGGAGACGGUUGAGGGCAGCUGAUGGAGUGCGAUUGGAGGGCGAUGAGGAGGGUGACGCUGAAGAGUUUCGCUUUCGGCCCAAUGAUCAUUUCAAUAAUAGUCGAGCACCACCUCCGAUGAUGGAUUCGAUGGGUGCUGCUGAACCGUUGUUUGCAAAUGACCCAUUUUGUAAUCGAAAAUCGUCUCCAAUUUUUAUGGUUGAUGAAACACGGUCACCAGUGAAUGAAUUUCCGACAUGGCGUUCAACGAGAAGAGGAGGUUUGCUGGAUGGUGAACGCUCGCCGCAUUUCAUUGAUUUUGAUCACGAUCGACCGAGAACUGAAUGUGACGAACGGUGGACAAUGGCAAGGAGUGAGCCACUGAAUGGACGAUUCGAACGAAGAGAAUUGCCGAUUGGUCGAGUGGAUGGUUAUCGUCCAAUGUUAGUGCCACCAACAGAUCACUUCGGUCGCGCUUCAUUUAGCGAUAGAGAAGUGUGGCAUCAAGGAAUGCUAAUGGAUUCACCUUUCAAUGACUCCGCNGAUAUUAGACAUGAUGAACGCUGGAGAGACACUCCUUCAGACUGGACAUUCGAGGAUUUCGGUUUUGCGGGUCGAGGUUUCCGGCCGAUGUAA